AAAGAAUGUUUUUUCAUUAGUCAUUAAAUUAAAAAUCAAAGUUAAGAAAGAGUUGUUCAUUAUCGGUGGGUCUCGCAAUUACAGUUCAUUCCCUGUCAUCAAUCCGCGUUUGGUUUAUUUCGGUGUCGAUAUUUUACAAGUUUUCCUAUUCAAAUUUCCUUCCUUCUUUAUUACUCCAAUUUUGUGUGGAUUUGUUUGGUUUUCCAGUCGCCAUCAGAUCUGCAUAUGGGCAUUCUUUGUUUCUGAAGGAAUAAAUAAAAUAAACGAAGAAGAAAAAAAAAAAAAACAUAGUACACGCAAUAAGAAUAUAACCUUCUUCUUUUGUUAUAAUCCCAUGUUUUUAUUUUCUCCUGGAAUCUUAUCUUUACAUUUUCUUUUUGCUUUCUAGCUGUUCUUUUGUUUCUUUCUCUCUCUCAGUAGCUUUCUGGGUUUUUGAGAUCUUGUGUUAUUGGUGUACAUUUUGUAUGUGCUUGCAGUCUUUUGCACAGAGUUUUAAACUUGGGGUUUCUGUAGAAAUCCCAAGAUUGUUUUCUUUACUGGCUUUUACUUUAGCUAGGGAUUACUGUUUUUUUUGUUUUGUUUUUCUUGGCAUAAAUCACUUUUCAAGGGAAGAUUGAAAAGUGAAUUAGUCAUGGGAAUUUCGUAGGCUUAUGGUAUACAAAGCUAGCCUAUUCCAUUUUGUGGAGUGGUUAUUGAUGAUGGAAAAUGGUGAGAUGUGGAUGUAGUUUUGGGUUUGUUGAAAUGAAACAGUGUAAUUUUUAGUAUAAGUUGGGAGUUCUUGGAAGGUGAAAGCUCUGUGGGACUUGGAAAUGGGAUCGAAUGAAGAAAGGCGUAAUCGUCAUCAUCACGAUCUGGUGCCAUUGGCUACACUAAUCAGUAGAGAGCUGAAGAAUGAGAAAAAGGAGAAGCCAAUAAUUAGAUAUGGCUCUGCCAUUCAAUCUAGGAAAGGUGAAGAUUAUUUCUUGAUCAAGACCGAUUGCCAUAGAAUUCCUGAAGAUCCAUCGACUUCCUUUUCUGUUUUUGGAAUAUUUGAUGGGCACAAUGGAAAUGCCGCAGCAAUUUUCUCAAGAGACCAUCUCUUAAAUUACGUUUUGGAUGCCAUUCCAAGAAAAACUUCUGGAACAACUGCAACAUUUGUGAUAAUUGACGGUUGGACGGUAACAGUUGCCUCUGUUGGUGAUUCCCGUUGCAUUUUAGAUUCUGAGGGUGGAGCUGUCUCUAUCUUGACCGUCGAUCAUAGGCUUGAAGAAAAUGAGGAGGAAAGAGAGCGCGUAACUGCAAGUGGAGGUGAAGUUGGAAGGCUUAACAUUUUUGGAGGGACUGGGGUGGGUCCUCUACGUUGUUGGCCAGGGGGUUUAUGUCUCUCCAGGUCAAUUGGGGACAUGGAUGUGGGCGAAUUUAUUGUUCCGAUACCUUAUGUCAAGCAAGUGAAGCUAUCGAGUAAAGGUGGACGGCUCAUAAUAGCCUCGGAUGGCAUAUGGGACGCGCUUUCAUCAGAAGUUGCUGCUAAAUCGUGUCGUGGUUUGCCUGCCGAACUUGCUGCUCGGCUGGUAGUCAAGGAGGCAUUAAGGACACGCGGGCUAAAGGACGACACGACUUGCAUAGUUGUUGAUAUAAGACCUCCAGAUAACACAAUUAUUCAGCCUUCUACACCACCCAAGAAAUUUCACAAGCUCAGAGCUUUGCUCUUUAGGAAAAAAUCUGCUAAUAAAUUGUCAAGGAGGCUAUCGACUAUGGGUAUAAUAGAGGAAUUAUUCGAAGAAGGAUCAGCAAUGCUUGCAGAAAGACUAGGAAAUAAUGAAGAAACUGGUGCUCGGGCGUCAGGUAUUUUCGUGUGUGCCGUUUGCCAGGUGGACCUUGCACCAAAUGAAGGGAUUUCGGUUCAUGCAGGCUCCAUAUUCUCAACAACCUCAAAGCCAUGGGAAGGACCUUUCCUUUGUGGUGAGUGUCGUAAUAAGAAGGAUGCCAUGGAGGGGAAAAGGCCAAGUGGAGUUAAAGUGGCGCCCUCUUUCUCUUAAUCCUGAAAUUCUUUCGUGUUAGUUUUAUUUUUCGAAUUUAUAUAUAUAAAUAUAUAUAGGGAAUGGAUCAAAUAGAAAUGCAUUCUCAUCGUGGGAUUCUAAGAACCCUGUUGAAGUAGCAUUAUGUUCAAUGCGCAUUUUAGAGUGGGUUCCUAGUUCCUACAUCGAGAAUGGUUCCUACCAGAUCCAAACACUAUAUAUAUGUAUAUUCUUUUUUUUCUCCCAAAUAUUUUUCGUUAGGGGAUUUUAACGUGCUAAGGAAUUGGAAUGUCAAUAUAUUGUUUGCUAUUAAAUGUAUUAAAUGUACAAUUAUUGUGAGUAGAACAAAUUGAUUGCAAUUCUUUUGUAAAGAACUCGAGUAGAAAGCUGAAUCUAAGUUGUUGACUUGUUGCUAUGUUAUUCAAUGUUAUUAUAA